CUGCAACCCGUUCUAAGCAAGACCAGCGGGCUCUCACCCUCCUACAGACAGCCUCUGAACGCGUAUCUAUUGACGGUACUCAGCGCUAUGCUACUCCACUGUUGAGGCGUCAGCCAGUCAUCCCACUUUGUGCUUCGCCGGCUGCUGUGAUGCCCAACCUACGUUGCACUGAACGGCGGCUAGCCAAGGACACAGUUCGAGCGGCUUCAUACUGUACGGAGAUGGACAAACUACUUCAGGCCGGCUACGUUUCAGAGAUCUCUACGGAAGAGGCCGCAACUUUCACCGAAUCGUGCGGAGAUAUCAAGUCAAUGUUCCAUCAGAUCCGCUUGAUGCCAAAAGACAAACCUCUCCUACGUUUCCUGUGGCGGGACAUGCAAAGAACGUCUGAACCACGGAUAUACCAAUGGGAGGUGUUACCAUUUGGAACAACGUGUAGCCCCUGUUGCGCCGUCUUCGCCCUGCAGCAGCACGUCAGAGACCACGAACCUCCAGAUCCCCCCCUCACGCAUGUGAUCGAGCAGUCCUUCUAUGUCGACAAUUGCCUCCACAGUGUAAGUAAACCAGAAGAUGCCAAGGCUUUGGUCGAUGACUUGCGAGCACUUCUGAGAAAGGGAGGUUUUGAGAUCAGACAAUGGGCCAGUAAUGUGCCUGAAGUUGUCGCACACCUACCCCCUGAAGCACAAUCGACUAGCAGUGAGCUAUGGCUGUCCAAGGCCAGUGACAACCUUCAAGAGCCCACACUUGGACUGUGCCGGGAUUGUUUGAGCGACACGUUGAGUUAUAAGCAUCGCUCUAACGAGCCUCUAGCUGCCACUCUACGUAACGUCUACAGCGUCCUUGCCAAGCUUUACGACCCAUUGGGCUACAUUGUGCCAUUUACCACAAGAUGUAAAGUGCUUGUCCAGGACAUGUGGAAGGCUAACAUUGGCUGGGAUGACAAGAUUCAACCAUCUGAACUUCUCGGAAAAUGGUUGAGUUGGGUGCAGGAAAUUCCUACUCUGCAGCAACUCAAGUUAUCUCGUCCCUAUUCACCAGCCAGUGGAAAUACCGUCAAUGCAGCCCGUCAUAUUCACAUCUUCUGUGAUGCUUCAGAGCGCGCCUACGGAUCAGUAGCUUACAUGCAAAUAACGGAUGACAGACAACAAGUCUUCGUUUCCUUUGUGUUUGCCAGAUCGAGAGUUGCGCCGCGUAAGCAGCUGUCCAUCCCGCGUCUCGAGCUCAGCGCCGCACUUACAGGGGCACAGCUGGCAAAAGUGAUCGAGACUGAGCUCACAGUAACGCCUGAGCACAUCACUCUUUGGUCUGACUCCACAACAGUACUGUACUGGAUUAAAUCAGAAUCCUGCCGCUACAAAGUAUUUGUUGGAACACGUGUAGCAGAAAUCCAGAAUCUUACCAGUCCAUCUCAAUGGCGGUAUGUUGGUAGUCUACACAAUCCCGCAGAUGACAUAACCCGAGGACUCACCUUGAAAGAGAUGGUGCAGGAUCACCGCUGGAACAAAGGUCCACAUUUCCUCCUUUUGCCAGAGAGAGAGUGGCCCAUCAUGCCCUCAUCUGAGGCAGAACCAGACACUACCGAGUUAAGGAAGUCAGCCUUCGUGGGAGCAGUCUCCAGCGCCUUGCCCACACAACAUCCUGACCUGAGUAAGUUCUCCACUUGGCAAGAGCUUCUUCAGGAAACCGCUAGCUCCCUUCAUGGGGCGGCCAACACUAACACCACAGCAAAGUGUUCAGCAACAGAUUUCCUUCAAGCAGAGAAGCUUAUGACUUAG